UGACGUCACCGAGCCAUCUUUGUCCACCUAAUCCAGGCGGCUGUUUAUUACACCUUCAUUACCGCACGGACUCUGACAGAGUCGGGCCCUCGUUAUAGCCUGCAGGUGCCGCAACGCCGUAGAAAUAGGACGAAGGAAAAGAGGUUUUGUAGCGAGCGGACUCGUCUCAGUGGAAGAUACAAGCCAGAGUUCCUCCCAGGCUAUAUAGGCAGGGAAACGCCACAAUAACCAACCAAAGGGUGCCAGAGGGUAGAGAGGAGCGCAGAAGGCAAUCCACAUCCAUCUGCCAGCCACUUAGCACGCGCUAACAUUUCCAGUCCGGAUUUCAGCACAGCUGUCUAGCCAACACAACCAGGAACAUGUCUGCCCCAGCCGCUGGAGCCCCUGCACCAGAGGGAGGGAAUCAACCUCCCAACCUCACCAGCAACCGUCGUCUGCAGCAGACGCAGGCACAGGUGGAUGAGGUGGUGGAUAUCAUGCGUGUAAACGUGGAUAAGGUUCUGGAGCGUGAUCAGAAGCUGUCAGAACUGGACGAUAGGGCUGAUGCCCUGCAGGCUGGAGCUUCUCAGUUUGAGACCAGCGCUGCAAAACUGAAGAAUAAAUACUGGUGGAAGAACGCCAAGAUGAUGAUUAUCCUGGGUGUGAUAUGCGUGAUUGUCCUCAUCGUCAUUAUUGUGUACUUCAGCACCUAAGAAGAGUUGCUCCUACCCCAAUCUAAUCCCAACUUCCUUGCUAUGGAAAAAACCCUCAAAUUGAUUACAAAAUUAACCAUAAGAAAAUAAUUUAUUAUAUAUACAUAUAUAUAUGUAUAUCCCCGAUUAGCCUCGAUAUAACACCCCUAAACCCUUCAGGGCCCCAUGGCUCCCCCACUUCCACCACCUCGCCUCUGGACCCCUGUCAAUAUUUGUCCUGUGAGUGUGUGGCCCUGUCUCCUUUCUGGGUACUCUUGGCUUUUCUAACCUGCCAUACUGAGAACCAAACACUUGUGACGAUGCAACAACAGAAAAGGAAACAACGAUUGGCGAUAAUUGUUACAUAACUGAUAUAUAUAGUUCUUUGUAGAGUUUUAUUCUGAUAUAUACUGUUUUGUAGGUGUGUGUGCGUGUGUGUGUGCAUUUUGUAUUUUUUAAUUUUUGUAUUAAUUUUACGUAUGCUUCAGCGUUAAAUACUGCCUAUUAAUCAAAGUGUGUAUCUUGCAUGUUAUCAUCAUCUGUCUGUCCCCUGCUUACUCUCUCUUUUUGGUGUAUUUUUGCACAGUGGAGUUAGUCUCCAUUUAACUAAAUACCAGUUCAUUUUCGAGUCCAUCUGUGUCACUCAUGUCCACAAGGACAGUCCAAAAUAAGCCAGAGAGCUAAAAACUUGUACAAAAAAAAUAUCAAGUUACAAAAAUUUGAGCAACAUAGACAAAACUGCCCUUGACAAUAGCUCCAGAUUUCUAUAACUUGAUGCCAUCAUAAAUUCAAGUCUUGGCUUCUUUGCUGGCUUACCAAGAGAGUUAAUGCUCAUCGAUAUUGAUCAAACAUACAAGUAAUGCAUGAAUUGUUAACUAAUCCCUAGUAACCAUCAUUUCUAGUCUUUUCCAUCUGAGUGUACUUUCUCUUUCUCCAUUUAGCUCCUCUAGUAUUUCAUCUGUAAUGUCUUUAACGCCCCAACCCUUUUCUGUCUCUUAGCAUGCUUGAACACCUCAAUUUUCUUCGGAUAAUUUCAAAACUGCCAUAGUACAGUUGGACCAAUGUCUGUAGAUUAUUCUUUUUUAUUUAAAUAUUACGUAGUGUCUUAUUUCGAAAACAUUCCUUCAUUGCAGUCUAGUGCAAAUGGUCUUACCGUAGCACAUGUAAGUGUAAGUAUCUUUAAAAAAAAAAUACAUGCGAUAAAACUUGUGUCGAAAAUGUUGGUCAUACAAACCAUAGGAGAAAAUAGUUCUAGUUAGUAGCUGUAAGGGUAACCUCUGGAUAGACAGGAUUAGACUUCUGUCCAAAUUCUUUUCUUUUGUAAUAUUGAUAAUGUUAUCCUAACAUUACACUUACAGUAUACUGUGGAGAUGUCAUUGAUGUCAAACUGUGGAUAUGGGUUCGCAAAACAAUUCUAAUGCCAGGUGAUAAAAUGGGGCCGUUGCAUUCAUUGGCAAUUGAUUAAUUUCCAUAAAGCAAAGGUUAAUUCUACAUGGAUACUGAAAAGCCUUAGUCUCCAGUCACUUCUAUUAGUUACUGUAGAAUAUUUCCAGUCAAACACGCCCUCACACUUUCAGUCUGUGUAGGGGGAGUGGCUGACUGCAGAGAAGGAAUCUGUUUAAAAUGCACAAACAACCUUGUUUUUGAUGGCGCUGUCUGGCUGGUCAAUAGCCUGGCCAAAGGAGAUCCUCGUGCAGCAAAACCUCUCCACAUGAAGAGCACAUAAAAGAGACAAUUCAGCCUUAUUUUGAAAAUCCAGGAACAGGGAUGGGAAAAAUGUCGAAUUUACAGUUAUGUUUGAGUUCAGCAACUUUGGGGGAAGGAUAUUUACGGUCAGAGGUUAGUGACAAGAGACAUGAAAAGCAAUUAUUCAAGUGUGUUUUGCUAGCGCAGUGGUUCUCAGUGUUACUCCCUAUAGUUAAGGCCUUUUUUUCUUUUUUAAAAUAUAAUAGAUUAUAUUUUUUAUUAUAGUAUAUUUUUGUGUGAAACAGACAGGUAAAGAGGAAGUGUGCAAUCAGUACUAAUUGCUGCCAACAGCAGCGAGCUCCUCUUUACCUCUGUCUGGUGUGUUUUUUGUAAUUCAGCUCCGUGCGUUAUACACUGCCAAGCAACAAGGGAGAGGCUUCUAUUGUUAUUUCUUUCAUUGGUGCCCUCGCUGGUAUGGUCUUUUACAUUUUGUUGGCAUCUACUCCUGUGCAUACUACGCUUUUGGCCACUUUAUGAGCAGGAGAGCAGGGCAAUAUGAUGCACUCUUUACUGCCCUGUCAAACUAAGGCCUUGUACACAUGAACAUGAGGAUCUGGAAUUCCUUAAAACUGCAAAUGUUGGGGAUUUUACCUUCAACUAUAGAACUAGAGUUAUACUUGUGGUCUUGGUAAAUCUAAGCUUGUAAAUGAUUGGAUUUUUCAAUCAAAAUCCAAUCUCUGUCUCAUGAAAUGGAGAAGUGUGCAGGCCUGCAAUAAUAAAUGCUACAAUGAACAGAAAGCAACUCAUGCUGUAUUGCCACUAAUGCCAUUGUUAACUAUCCUAAAAGGUAUAAAUUUAGCUAACAGUGGCUUAUAGACAACAAAACCACCUACAAUAUGUAAAAAAAAAAAGUGUGUGUAAAGCCUUAGUAGCCUUGUCUCUUUUCAACAUGACUUUUUAUCUCCCCCACCAGCUGAAAAGACCAACCUGCCCCCCUUUGCUCAACUCACUGAUUCUGAAUCCUAAAGUGUGUCUGUGUGUGUGUGUGCGCGCGUGUGUCUGAGUGUGCAUAGCCGCAUCAAUGUGUGUGUGUGUUAGAAUAGCUCUGUCUUGGGAAUAUCCCCAGUUUAUCCCGACAGAUUAGGCCGCUUAAAUCUCAGAGUGAGGGCACGUUGUUUCCUUGACCACUGAAGUACACAAGCAGAGAGGUUACAGAUCUGCCGGCCAGUUCUAUUAGGAAGGACCACGACCUUAACAAACCCACUUCUCCUCACUUCCCCUACAAGUUUCCCUCCAAACAGAGCAAAAUGAAACUGCAGAAGAUUACCAAAGACCAGAUUACCAUGCUUAUGCUGCCAAUUGCCAUCAAAAACAAGUGGAGAGAAACAGGUUAUCCAAACUACCCUAGUCUAUUUUAAAAAGCUUAUACCCUUACCUUAUUUAUCCACAUUUACAGGACCUUUUAACUGUCACACACCAUGUACAUGGUGUGUCAGUUUGGCUUGUGAGUGUGCCAGUCUAACAUAUGCAAAUUAAACCAAAACAUAAGGACCGCAUGCUUCAAAUCUCAAAUACAGUCUCCCCCACCAUGUGUACCCAGGUCUGAAGAGCUUCUUUAAUCUGUUUUUAGACACAUGAUCCUAUAACAAAUAAUAGCACAACUCUUCUUUUUUUCUGUGUCUCCAUAGUGCUGCCAAGUUCAAAAAUGAAAAGACAUGUAGACUUACUAGCUAUUAAACAUAAACCAAGAAAAAGUUACAAAAAAUCUGCAUUGUUUGGUGUUGUAAUAUGGGGGUGUUUGGGGAGUAGGGGGUCCUAUAUCCUCAGGUUUAAGGUAUUAGCAAUUUACCAAAAUAUAUAUGAGGACAAAAACUAUAUUAUUAACUGUAAAAUUGGGUUUUCGGCAAUAGAAAAUCAUUAUAGGGUUACAAAUGUGGUCCUUUAAGCCAUCCUGCAGGAGUUAACCACACAGUGGACUGAAGUGAAAUAACACUACUGAUUGGGGUAGGACUUCUGUGUUAUCGAUAAAUCCAACUGUUGUGAGUGCUCAACCUAUUUGAUCACAAAAGUGAAAAUGAAGUGAGUGCUCUCUUUUUCUGUUGCUUUAUUGUCUGUAUGAAAAGAAGUGCGCAUAUAUUUUAACACCGUGGCACUUUUUCUGUUGUGGUUUGUUCAUUUCGGUGGGAUGGGAACAUGAUUCAGUGGAGAAUAUUGUCUUACGUCAACCUGAAGAAUUGUUCAGUGAUCUCAACUUAACGCUGCGUUCAGGUCAUUUGGGGGUGGUCCACAAUGCAAGUUGCCAACAUGGAGAAAAAGCAUUCAGACCCUCUUCCAGGUUCGGAUUAUAACUCGUGAACUUGUGAUUCAAACUUGAAAGGAAACAAGCAGAAAGAAAGAGACCAACAAAAGAGCAGGGAAUGUUCUCCAACGUUUACCACCCCCAAAUGGUAUGAGUGCAGCGAUAGGAGGGAACCUGAGUCUCUGAAUGUUCACUGGAUGGCUAUAAACAUACAAUAUUCUACUUAAUAUAUGUUAACAUGUUUUAUUUUUUAACCGAAUAUUGUGUUUUUUUUUUCUCUUUUGCAUCAAUUUGGUAAUAACUCCAGAUGUCACUGAAUUGUUUGUGUGCAAGCACUGAUGGGUAAAGGUAAAGAAAAUGGGAAGUUAAUGGGAAAAAAAGUAUUUUUACCUUCAAUUGUCCAGAAUGCUUAGAAUGAUUCUACAGUUUACAUCAGAUUGACGUUUGUAUCUACAAGAUAUAUUUUUUGUUUAAAUCUGUUUAUUUUUGAGGAAAGAUUUUGGUUUCUCUUUGGGACUGGGGUUUUUAGGAUGAAGGCCCAUAUUGCCCCUGGUCCUCUGGCCUUACUGGAGGGACAGGACUGGAGGAUCAUGGGCAAUGUGCUCAGUUUUAUUAGAUCUUUUUCUUUUCCUUUGAUAUUAUUUAUUGAUAGAUUUAUUGUGCUGUCAUUUGGUAUGGGAUUAGAAACUAAGCAAGGUUGACUCAACGUAAAGGAGAGGAGACUGAAUGAAAAACUAAAGUACAUAAAAUAAUUGUAGUGUAAAUCUAUCAAUGUCUUAUUAUAUUGAUGAACAUCAUGAAAUAUAUGUAUAUUGGAAAAACAGUA